AUGGCUCCAAGGACUCAUAACGAACAGCUCACUGAGCAGGAGCCUUUCGGGGGGGAGGAGACUAGAAGCCAGACAGAAUCUCAAGAUGAUGCCGCCCUAUUGAAAACUAUGGGCUAUAAGCCGGUCCUUCAUAGAACAUACACAUUCUUUGAAAACUUUUCAACCACUUUUGCUGCUCUCUAUUUUAUAGGUGGUGUGCGCGUCACCUUUAGCACAGGUAUUGCGGCCGGUGGUAAUCUGGCGUACUGGACAAGCUACCUGGUUACCAUGGUCUUCACUUACAUUACAGCAGCAGUCAUUGCGGAGGUAUGUUCUGCUUCUCCGUCCGCUGGCUCGAUCUAUCUCUGGGCCGCUGAAGCUGGUGGCCCUCGAUUCGGAAGACUUCUCGGCUUUAUCGUUGCCUGGUGGAGUACUACCGCGUGGACGACUUUCUGCGCCAGUAACACCCAAGCCGCUGUGAAUUAUAUGCUAUCCGAACUUACUGUGUUUAAUGUUGACUUCCCCCAAGAUACAUAUAGCGUCAAGUUCCGUGCUGUCCAAUGGAUCUGCACAGAAGUCCUUCUUGCGCUGGCUGCUCUUGUUAACUUUCUUCCUCCAAAAUUAUUCCGAUCCAUCUUCUACUUAUCCUCAAUGAUAGUUGUGCUCGACUUCCUUCUCAAUAUCAUUUGGUUACCUAUCGGAGCGCACAACACCUGGGGAUUCCGCACCGCCGAGGAGGCAUUCAUGUCCACCUACAACGGUACCGGCGCUCCUCCGGCAUGGAACUGGUGUCUUUCCUACCUCGCUACGGCAGGUAUCCUAAUCGGAUUCGACGCCUCCGGCCACGUCGCCGAAGAGACCAAAAACGCUUCCGUUACCGCCGCUCGCGGCAUCUUCUGGAGCACAGUCGUCAGCGGAAUCGGAGGUCUUUUUUCGAUCAUUCUGUUCCUAUUCUGCGCGCCUACCCCUGAUGUCCUCUUCUCCUUCGGCUCCCCGCAGCCAUUCGUACCCCUCUAUGCCGCCGUCCUAGGCAAAGGCGGCCAUAUCUUCAUGAACAUCAUCUGCAUCUUCGCCCUCUGGCUCAACACCGCAAUCGCCAUAACCGCUGCCUCGCGCCUCGUUUUCGCCGUUGCCCGAGAUGGAGUGCUCCCCUUCUCUACCUGGGUCUCCCGCGUGCACGCCGGCCAACCCCGCAACGCCGUAAUCGUCGUCUGGGGCGUCGCAGCCGCAAUCACCUGCACCCUACUCCCCUCCGACGUGGCAUUCACAUCGCUCGUCUCGGCCGCAGGUGUCCCCAGCGCCGCAGCCUACGGCCUGAUCUGUCUCGCGCGGCUGAUCUGCACCCCGAACCGUUUCCCCAAGCCAGCCUGGAGCCUAGGCAAAUGGAGCAAACCGUUCCAGUUUAUCGCGGUGUUUUGGAACGCGUGGGUCGUGGCAAUUCUGUUCUCGCCUUAUGAGUUUCCAGUGAAUGGGCAGAAUUUAAAUUAUGCACCCAUUAUCAUGGCCGCUGUGACGAUCUUCGCUGUGGCUUCGUACUUCCUUAUGCCUGAGGAGGCUUGGUUGCCCAGAGACAGGAUCUCGCAGUUUAUUGAUAGUAAAGGGGUUGUGGCGGAAACUGUGGAGGAGGUUGGUGGUGGCCCGGCUGAAGCGACUGCAGGUGCUAGUAGUGCGGUGCAACGGUAG